UACGUGCAUCGCGCAUGCCAUUUAUUGGUUUGACCUGGUAACAUUUUGGUACGUGGUCAUCAAAACAGUAAGCUGAUUGACACUCAAAACAGAGAGAAUGACACUUUCUAUUCGACGGCUACCUGUCUUGGGCGCUAUUUGAGGUGAAGGCUGGAAUUGCUGUUUUGCCUAGUCGCCUGCUGAGUCAAGGAAAGGUGUAUCAGACACUCCGAGAAAUCAGCCAGAGAAUGAAGGCGCCAUCAAAAUCGCUGGUUGUUGAUACCCUUAGCAAGCUUUAUGCGCUGGGGAUUGUGGUGCUCGGGAUUCUUCUCUCCACAUCAAAAGUUGUGCCAGGCGGAGCCUCCGUGAAGAUCAUCAAUAUUUCCAUUGAAGUGUUCCGUAUCUUCCUAACGGGUGUGGCGGUCCUUUUCUUUCUGUUUAUGCUCAUAUUCCUGGUCAGGCGAGUCUCCCUCUUCGAGGAGUCCGAACUACAAGGUUUGGAUGAGAGGGUCCAAGAGCAGCGGGGGAUGUCACGAGCCCAGAGCUUCAACUCCCUUGCCACCACUUUCAUCUUCGAAGUAACUCCACCAAGUGAAGCGAAUUCGGAGAACAGUCAACAGCUGGGGAAUCAGUCCGUGGAUGGGGUGAGCUUGCCGCAGGAAUCAUGUCGCGCCGGCCGCUCAGGCUCAACACUAGACCUACCUCCCGCCCAUCAGAAUGGUGGUAGUAGAUUGACCAGGCGUACCGUUUCUGUUGUCGAAUAUCCAUCGGAUGUAAGGCGUCACAGAGCUGGAACAGGCUCGUCGAAGGAGACGGUAGCACCUGUAACUAUCCUGCGGCACGGUGAAGCCGCCUAUCCCAACUUCUAUGUCCGUUUGGGGGCCGUGUUUUUUGGGAUCGGAACAAUUUUAUCAACCUGUAUUGGCAUCAUAUUCUAUGGUGAUGUUAUAGUUAAAUGUCACAUGCCGCCUUUGAUGUUCGUCUUCAGAUGGGCUCUCCAAGCCGUGUUUGCCGCUCUACAGCUACACUUUAUUUUCAGAUACUCAAAGAUUUCCAUCAACCGCUUCAAGGGGCUUUGUCAAUUUGGCGUCAUGCACCUCCUGGCGACCAAUGUCAACAGUUGGAUUUUCAAUGUCAUGGAUGAAGUGAGUGAAAUCAUGAAUGAACACACUCAUGGACAAAGUCCCACAACAUCAACGAGCUUCGCCUUGCCUACCAACAACGGAACAAUUGCCACCAUGCCGGGCAUUCUUCAACUUAACGGGUACGGACCCCGAGUGAAUACUAAAUCUUGCAGCGAAGCCAUCAUCCGCGCCACCGACGUAGUCUCGAGUUAUAUCUACCUCUACCCACUCAUUGUAGAGUUCAGCCUGAUAUGCGCCGUCUCCUUCAACAACAUCUACUCAAACAUCGGCAUAACGGAGAAAAUACGGCUGAGGCGCCGGAUAAUGAGCAAAGCGAAUUCUUCCGAUCCGUCUACGAUUCCGCAAUUCCCGAACCACCUGAAGUUUGAUAUCACGUGCCAUAAAUCGUACAAAGGCACCUUUUUUGGUAUUAUCAUGGCGACCACAUCAGUGCUUUCGUGCGUUGUCAGCAACGCUUAUGAAAAAACUGACGUGAAAGUUUCAGGCGCUAUCUUUAACUUCACAGAUAUUGUCCUCCUCUUCUUUAGCAUCAUUGCAGUUUGUAGCGCCCUCUAUAUGAUAAAGCAACUUUCAAUUCUCCCAUCGUACCGAAGAGGCCCGGAUGAGAAUCUUUUGAUGAUAGCAGUGGUCGGGGUGUACAGUUCUGAAAGCUUUACGAUCUACUCGUACUUGACUACAAAUGAGUUGGAGGUGUGGAUGAGAGUUGCGGGGGCAUUUGCUGGAUGCCUCUCCCUCCUCCAGGCCACCCUGCAGGUUCUGUUCGUGUAUGACGGAUUGAGGCGACACUCGGUCACUUCAAACAAUCUGCGGCAUAAGCCCGGGCGAGAAGCAGUCGUCUUGCUCUUGCUACUCAACCUAUCCCUCUGGCUGCAGAAUCUUCUGAAUAUCAGGGGUGGCGUGUACCAGGUGAUGGGCUCCACCAACCCACAGAAGCUUCACGAAUGGAACGUGAUGGCGACAUUCUGCAAACCUUUGUCGAUUUUCUUCCGAUUUCACUCCUCGACCUGUCUUUACGAAAUUUGGAAGAAUUCUUACACAUUUCAUGAGUCCGUUGAUGACUAAGGGUUCCAUAAUGGAAAUCCUUCUAAUCUUGUUGAAACGAAAAAGAAUGUACAUACAAUUGUAGUAAUGUGCAUCAUUUAAUUGGUAUAAAUAUUUCAUGUAGUAUUAUUCAAAAUACAAUCUCAAGUACAGUA